AUGAUCGACAGUCGAUUUUUCGGACCAACUAGGUGUUCUGAUCCCGCCGAUGCAUGGAAGGAAAGACUUGAGCACUUGAACUCCGAGGAGAAACUUGAUAUGGAACGGCUUGUUGUGCAGAAACUGGAGGAGAUGAAUAGCAGAGUUUUGGCGUGGGAUCCGGAUGAAUAUACACUAGGUCAUAUGGAUAUCAAGAAGGCGAAGGACGAAAGCGACCUUCAACAAGGGACCGAGGCUGAUGAAAGUGAGCAACCUAUCCAUAAUGAAGCGGACGAUGCAGGUACAUUGGAGUUUGCGAGGUUAGCUGUUUAA